AUGGGAAUGUAUAGGAAUCAUGAAAUGGAACCCUUUCUUCGCCAUCAGAAUCACCACCACAUCCUGUUUAGUGCAUGGCUGGUGACCUCUUACGCCGAUGAAGACUCGAAACCGAGAAGAUCUAGAGUAAACGAAUCUAGAUCUGUAACAUGGCGAACAACCCGACUGCAUCAAGCUCAAAACCAGAUACCUAUUCCUGUCUUCUUAAUAUGUAAUGCGUAUUAUCUUUCGGCGUACGCCGCAGAGAAUUCGACCGUCGAGCAACGCGGAGUUUUGGUGAAAUUUUUCAUUCUCAUUUCAACGAUGGUCGGGAGCCGUUCUUGA